GUACUUUCUUCGUCCGCAGUGCGCAUGUGCGGUUACUGUCAACCGCGCGACUCUCUCCGGCCGUAACCUCAAAGUAAAAAUAUUUCGUAAACAUGACGACUGCUUUAGAGAAAGUCGCGAUAGCUUUAAUUGUAGGAGCAGUGUUCUUUUUGUUAAGAAGCAUAUUCCGCGCGGUGUACACAUUCGCUAUUGGACCAUUAAUCAAUAAGGUGGAUUUCAAAUCUAAAGGGAAAUGGGCAUUGGUGACCGGCGCCACAGACGGCAUUGGCAAGGAGUACGCCAGACAGUUGGCGGCUAAAGGCUGUGAUAUCAUUCUAGUCAGUCGUUCUAUGGACAAACUCAAGACUGUAGCUGAAGAAAUUGAAAAAGACUUCAAAGUGGAAACCAAGGUGGUGCAAGCGGACUUCAGUUCAGAGAGCAUCUACGACAACAUCAAGACCUCUAUUGAGGGACUCGAGAUCGGCACCUUGGUGAACAAUGUCGGCAUUUCGUACGACUACCCUGAGUACUUCUUGGAUGUUCCUGAUUGGGACAACAGGUUCAAAUCCCUCAUCAACGUGAACAUCGUGUCAAUGACGCGCAUGACGCAAAUUGUUCUCCCUGAGAUGGUCAAGCGAGGUAAGGGUGUCGUCAUCAACAUCGCUUCUGGCACCGGCGUCAUUCCGGCACCCUUCUUGGGGAUGUAUGUUGGGACUAAGGCAUACGUCAUCAAGCUUACCGACUGCCUCCGCAUUGAGUAUGCCGACAAGGGUAUCCUCUUCCAAAGCGUGAACCCUGGAUACGUCCUCUCUAACAUGUCAGGGUUGAAGAGGGAGACUUUGAUGUCCCCAUCAGCUAAGAAAUUCGUGCGAUCUGCCCUUGGCUUGGUGGGAACAACGAGCGACACGGCCGGCUAUUUCCCACACUAUGUCCUGUUCAAUACGAUCCUGUUCGCGAAGGACAUGUUUGGACCUGUCAUCGAAUGGGUGGUGUCCAGGUCUAUGCUGAACGUGAGACGGCGUUACCUCAAAAAGUACAAGAAACAGUAAUUUGAUUCGGGUGAAAUGUAUUAACAUUGGGCUGGCGUUUGACUCGGACAUUUAGCUGUAACGUUCGUGAAGUUAUGAACGGGAGUUAUAUUUGGGAAGAAUAGGAGCAGACAAGCGACAUUGUAAGCUAUAAUGACGCUAUCCUGAUCACAGAUUUCUGUUCUUAUUCUUCGUACUACUCAAAAUCUCGAGUCUACUUAUUUCAAUCACUUAAAAUAAUACUUCUUGCUGAAACUAAAUCAUACAAGUAGAUCUCGAUUCACAGUGGUUUGUAAAUGCUCCAUCAAAAUAGUCCUAGUCAGUCGCCAGCCUUUUAAGCCAUUCACGAACAACCAGCAGUACUAUAGCUUCAAGCUGUAACUAAGCUAAAUACCACAGGUGCUGCUUCAACAAAUAAGACCGCUUAAAAAGUUAAUACAAUCCUUAGUGCCUUUUUUGUGCAGAACAGAUUCGCACGUGUGCCGAAAUCCGAAUCACAAGAAAAAGGAAUAUCCAUUGACUAUGACUUUUUGAGUGGUAUUUGUUUUUUUGUUUAAAUGAAGGAUUCUUCGUACUUCAUUGCAUUGCAUUUAAAUUGAGAUAAUUGUAAGUUUCCUCGAUGAUUUCACAAAAUCUACCUCCCGAACAAAUAUUGUUGUAUGAAGUUUCCUUUUAUCCUGUGUUUGACCUCUUUUUACGCAAACAGAAUCCAACAAUCUUGCGUGUAAAUAAGAUCAGCUGACUCCUAAGGGCACUUACAAACUUGCAAUUUCUUUGCGCAUUUUACAGUUGAUUUUUCAUACGACUGUGACACGUUUUACGUGCGUGUAACACGUUUUAAAAAACUGAUGAUAAAGUAAUUAUUAUCUGUUUCAGUAUAUUUUUGUCCUAACAUAUUAGAUUGUCGGAUUCUAUAAGCGU